GAGUCACCGCAGUGGCUGAGCUGCUGACAGGAGGCGGCGGCGGAGGAGGAGGCGAGGCAAGACCUGCGGCUCCGCGGGGCCACUGCCGCGGUAGCUCUAGGCAACCCCACGGAGCUACGCCGGCCACAGUCAGCCCGCGAGCCUCUCGCCGCCUGUCCAUUCUUCCAUCCGCUUAUCCGCCCGACUGGUUAGGGGCGGCCUACUCUGCAUCAUCUGCCGGGCUUCUGGGGCCGCCGCCCCGCGCGGUCCCGUCGGCGUCCCUGGCCGCGCCCGGCCCCUGGCCCGUUCGCCCGCCGGCACCAUGAUGGAGGAAAUCGACCGGUUCCAGGUGCCCACCGCGCACUCGGAGAUGCAGCCGCUGCAGGACCCAGCCGCCACCUCUAUCUCAGACGGAGACUGUGACGCCCGGGAGGGUGAGUCAGUAGCCAUGAAUUACAAACCAUCCCCGCUCCAAGUGAAGCUGGAGAAGCAGCGGGAGCUGGCCCGGAAGGGUUCCCUGAAGAAUGGCAGCAUGGGCAGCCCUGUCAACCAGCAACCCAAGAAGAACAAUGUGAUGGCCCGGACGAGGCUGGUCGUCCCUAAUAAAGGCUACUCCUCGCUUGACCAGAGCCCUGAUGAGAAGCCACUGGUAGCUCUUGACACAGACAGCGAUGAUGACUUCGACAUGUCCAGAUAUUCUUCCUCUGGCUACUCCUCUGCGGAGCAGAUCAACCAAGAUUUGAACAUCCAGCUGCUGAAGGAUGGCUACCGGUUAGACGAGAUCCCCGACGACGAGGACCUAGAUCUCAUCCCCCCCAAGUCCGUGAACCCCACCUGCAUGUGCUGCCAGGCCACUUCCUCCACCGCCUGCCACAUUCAGUAGCGGGCGGGGUCGCCGCGGCGCACGGGGCGGGGCCGAGUCGGGCCAGGUGGGAAGCGACAGGGGCCGACCCCUACCUAGCUGGCCCACCGGCCCUCCUUACAGCCCCGAGCUCCUUACAGCCGCCAACCUCGUAACAGUCAUUGCUUCCUCCUAUGGUAGGACGUGUACCUCUGUGUGUUCAUGGAGCCGGAGAAACCAAAACCGGGUCUGUCUCCAGCCCCGGGGCUGAGGAGGGGGGACGCUGUUUGCUCAGUUACUUGGGAGAGACCACACCCAAGCACCCUGCCACCUCUCCCCAGAGCUGCAGUCGGGGGCAGCACUAAAGGCCAGGAGGCCAACUGUAAGCAGUCGGGUGAAGGGAUCACAAGGCCAGGGGUUUGGCCCCAUGCCAGCGAAGCCAUGAAUUUCCCAACCCCAGCCUGGAAAGGAAGGGAAGGGGUUGGAGAAGAAAAGGCCCCAAGCAAUGGGGACAAUUCUCAACACCUCAGAGCGCCUCUCCCCAAACCCGGUGCCAGCCCGUAUACCUAUUUGUGUUCCCCUCAUCUCCAGAUGGGACGCCAGGCAGAGCUGUCCAAGGGAUGCUUGCGUUAGAUCACUGCCUUCUCCCUUCCCUCCAUCACAUUUCCCUGCUUCCUACUGUCUGAGGACUGGGAGCGUAAAGUGGGCCUUAGAGAGAGGCCAGGUUCGGGGAUGGUAUGACCUAUUCUCAAGCGCCACUAAGCAAUGCAUCUGUCUCUCUGCCCGUCUCUCCCUCACCCCCCCCCCCAGUCUUCUGGUUAUUGGUUCCAGGCUGGAAGCAGGAGAUAAGGCUGACCUCCAGUGCCCUGUCCCCAUUUCACGUUAGCCCAAGGUCAAGGAGGCUGUCUUCCAGAAAGGCUCUUCAAGAACAAGCUUAGGAGAAUACAAUGCACCAACUGGCUGUAUGUAUGUGGUAGUGUGUGUGUGUGUGUGUUUGUGUGUGUGUAUGUGUAUGUGUGUCUAUGUGUUGGAUGAACCUGUCUGUCCAGGUCAACCUGGCGGAUGUCUGUGGUGGGGAAAUGGCUAUGGUCUGUUUACUGUGUGAAAGGCAGCUCUGCUCGGGAAUACUGUUGGCUGAGGGCAUAGCCUGGCAGUCAGAAGCCUGGGUUCUGGUCCCUCUCCCUGAGCUCUUAAGCAAUUCCCAGGCUUCUCUAGGGCUUCAGUUCUCUCAACUGAAAAAUAAAAAUAGCUGACAUUAGUGACAGAGUCUUUUCAUAUCUGAAGGAAUUUCUGCAGAGAGCCAUGAGAUCUGUCUCUGAGGGUGUGUGCCUGUGUAGACAUGGGAGCACAUGCGAAUGUGUGUGUGUGUAUGUGUGUGUGUGCG